CAUCAUAAUAUUCAAGUUCGGACAUCCACACACACUCUCCAAAAAGAAGAAGCUUCUCCAUACCCAUUUACACUUCACUGCAAGAUGUCCAACUACCACCACGUCCUCUUCCAGUUCCCUCCCCUCAUCGCAACCAUCAUCCUAGCCUUGAUCUUCCGAAAGAUCUUCUACAAGUACCUCAACACUGCCAGGAAGCGCAAUUACGCUCUUAGGGUCGUUGCGAUCAACAUUGGUAUCAUCUUCCUCCUGUACGUCGUCGUUAGAAAUGUAGUGAUGAUUGCGGAGAUGCGGAGGAAGCAUGAGAUGGAGAUGGAGGGUAGAGAAGUGGACGUAGGGGAGGCAAAAGAGGUGAUGAAGGAAUGUUUGGGGGAGAUCAGAUAGUAUAUAGGGAUGGCCUCGAGGUGUCUAGGUGCCAUC